CGACUCGUCAACAACAACUCGGGCUUGCCGUUGCUAUGCAACUUAUGCUUCCCCCGCGUUAAAACUGCUGCUUCCGACGUUAAUGUACCUGUAAAUAUCUAAAAUUCAUAAUGCUGGAUGCUGCUUUGAGUUCAUACGGAGCUCAGGUUGUGCUGGCUUCAUCGGGCGACGAGAAUCAUCCACCGGAGAACAUUAUCGACGGAAAAACAGAGACGUUCUGGAUUACCACAGGCCUGUUUCCACAGGAGUUUAUCAUCCGUUUCCCAGACAACAUGAAGAUUCUUACACUCUCCAUUCACAGUUACAACAUUCAAAAACUGAGGAUAGAAAAGAGCACAUCCGACGAUGUUGAUCAUUUUGAAGAGGUUGCAGAUACAGAGUUUGAGCACACAGAGAGCAGCCUGCAGGCCAACGACGUUUCUGUAAAUGUAUCAAAUGCAACACAUUUGCGGUUUGUUAUAUUGUCUGGAUAUGACCAUUUUGUGUCUGUGCACAAAGUUAGUGUAGAGUCAUGAGAUCCGCAUCUGUUUUUGUACAUUUUCAACAAGCAUCUUUCAUCUAAAGCUUUGAUAUAAAAUUAACCACGUGGCUCACUGUAUAUUUUUCUUAAAUAAAUCUUUCUUAAUUUUUCAGUUGUUUAUUCAAGUAUCCUCCAGUGUUAUU